AGAAGAACAUAUCUUGAAACUUGUCAUAACUUGUGUUUGUUUCAGUUUUUUUUGUUCUACAUGGGAGCCAGAUUUUCACGUAUAGCUAAAAGGUUUCUUCCUAAGAGUAAAGUAAGGAUUUUGAUGGUUGGUCUUGAUGGUUCAGGGAAGACUACUAUCCUUUAUAAGCUGAAGCUUGGAGAGGUUGUGACAACAGUGCCUACUAUUGGGUUCAACCUUGAGACUGUAGAAUACAAAGGCAUUAAUUUCACUGUAUGGGAUAUAGGAGGACAAGAGAAGAUUCGCAAAUUGUGGAGGCAUUACUUUCAGAACGCACAGGGGCUUAUCUUUGUGGUGGACAGUAGUGACAAUGAAAGGAUAUCAGAAGCUCGAAACGAGCUGCAUCGCAUACUAACCGAUAAUGAACUAGAAGGAGCAUGUGUACUAGUCUUUGCGAACAAGCAAGAUUCAAGAAACGCUUUACCCGUAGCUGAAGUUGCCAACAAACUUGGUCUGCAUAGUCUAUCCAAACGUUGUUGGCUUAUACAAGGAACAUCAGCCAUCUCUGGACAAGGCUUAUACGAAGGACUUGAAUGGUUAUCCACAACAAUUCCGACCAAACCCGAACGGUCUACUUCGGUUGGUAGUUUCCGGAGUAAUUCAUCUGAGAGGAACCUAGUACGAGGUCUGAGGUAUUAAAAGACUUAAGGCCCUUGAAUGGUUUGCUCUGUAUACAUUGGAGACAAGUGUAUUUUUGUGUACUAGCUUGUUUUGGUACGAACUGAUGCGUACGAGAGUAACCAAAAUCGAUGGCUUCAACGUUCUUUGUAUUUGUAGUGAUUUAUGGCGUUUUGGUUUUCAUGUUUCUCAGUGAGAACCAUUGUUGAUUGUGUUACUCAUAUUAUUAUUGAGUGAAUAAGGUUUUAGGGUAUCUUUACGUACCACACCCUUUAUAUGAA